AUGGGGCAAAAGUGUUCGGCGUUGUUGAAAGAGAAAGAGGAGGAGGAAGAAGAGGAGGAAGAGGAAGAGGAGGAAGAGGAGGAGGAAAAGUCGUUCUCGGGGAAACCUUCUUCCUCGAACUCUUUUUUGGAGGUGAGAAAAGACUUUCUUUGGUUUUCGAAAGAAGGCGCGGUGGUCUCGAAGGACGACGACGACGAGGAGGAGGACGACAAGAACGCGCGAGAGGAGCGGGCGCCGUUUUUUUACCAGGACGAAGCGGAGGAGAAAAGAGGAGGAGACGAGAGCGCACCGCGCGUGGUCGGGAACGUAUCCCUCGUCGUCCAAGAAGAAGAAGAAGAAGAAGAAGAAGAAGAAGAAAAGAAAAAGAGGCAAAGAGCGGGGAGUAAAUCAAAGAGGUUUCUAUGGACGGUAGGGGAGAAGGAGUUGCGAGAGGCGACGCAAAAUGGCGACGGCGAGGUCAUAUCGACGAUUUUUGUCGCAGAUGCGCAUCGCGAGUUUCGAUUGGCGCUGAAAAAUUCGGUCGAAGUAGAAGGCGGCGCGGCGAAGGCUUUGGUAUCGGCGAGGCUGGAAUGUUGCCCGCCGCCGUCCUCGAAAGCGGCGAACGCGGUGGACGUUGCGGCGACGAUGCGCGUGUCUUUGGAGUUUUCGACGAAAAGAGGUGAAAACAGCAUCAACGACGAGAGUAGAGCAUCAAUCAUACUGCGCGAAGCGUACAUGAGACAGGUGUUGAAUCAAGGCGAAUGUCUCGUUUUGCGCGAUUUUUUCAAGAGCGACAUCGCCGAGAGCAACGCGACGAAGCUCACUACCACGAAGAAAAAAGCAACGACGAGUACAAAAGAUAGAUUUCAACUCGUAUGCGAGGUGGAUUUUGACUCUCUCGAUUCAGUCCCGAGCGAACGCGAUGAUGAAGACGAUAUCAACACCUUCAACUCUUCCGCAAUCGUUGCGUAUUGCGUCUCUCUUUCGCCUCUCCUUUUCGUCUUUGAAAACUUCCUUCACGAAAGCGAGUGCGAAUUCUUGCGAACGCUCGCGGAUAAAGAUUUAAAACGAUCGAGAGUGACCGAUGGGAAACUUUCCAACGGGCGCACGAGCUCCUCGUGUUUUCUCAUCGGUGCAAAGGGCAAAGAAGAUGUAGUGAAAACGAUCGAAAGACGCAUGUUGGAUGCGAUUCGCAGUACGCCGGUGUUGACGACGAGACGGUUCGAUACGCUGAAAUUAAAAGGUUCGGAGCCAAUGCAGAUCGUCCGGUACGGUAAGAACGAAAAGUACACGAGUCAUUUCGACAACAAAGCGGGAUCAUUUCGUCGAGUGGCAACGUUCAUGUGCUAUUUGAGCGACCAGUGCGAAGGUGGAUGCACGAAUUUCCCAAAGGCCGAACCGCUUUUCUUGGAACCGUCUUUCGAUGAGCACGGGGCGUUCAAGCCUUUUGGAAGGAAGAAGAAAACCGUCGCAUCUGAGCAACACGGAGUUAAAAUUCACCCGAAACUCGGUCGCGCCAUUUUAUUUUUCUCCAUCUCCGAGGAACCGUUCAGAGAAAAUCCGCUCUCGCUGCACGAAGGGCAAACGGUAAGAAAAGGCGAGAAGUUCAUCUGUACGAAAUGGUUGACGAGAACCGAAGAGAGCGAAAACGAGGAGGACGAUUUCGUGUCUUCAGACGAAGCGGACGCGGAUUGA